AAACUUUGCCAUCCAGCUACAGGCGGAGCUCCGCUUCUCCCAGCAUGCUAUGUACCUGCUGCUAGUAGGUGCCAGCACUGCGAGACAGAAAGAUACUCUCCGCGGUGAAGUCAGAUGUUUCGGUCUCUGUCUCCAGCAUUUAGUUUUAGUUAUCUGCCUCACAAUUGGACUUGGGGCAGCUCAUUUACAUCUUUAUCUGAUUUUUUACCUGAGUAACUUAAAAGCAACUUUCACCGACAACGAGAGAAGCUCCAGACGGAGGAAUGCAGUUUAGCAACAACACCUGCGUCCGUUGAUAAACCGAAAAAAAUACAUCAGCGUUUUUGUCAGGAUGGACGGCGUGAGUGUUGCCCGUCUCUCGUCAAACUUUAGGCCGCCUGUCGGGGGAGUUUUACCCGAUGAAAAUGUCGGGAAAGCUCCGUCCCAGGUGCCCGUGAAAAAACAAGCCGUGAAGAGACACCACCACAAACACAACCUGAAGCACAGGUACGAGUUUCUGGAGACUCUCGGGAAAGGAACAUACGGCAAAGUGAAGAAAGCCAAGGAAAGAUCCGGUAGACUGGUUGCCAUAAAGUCCAUCAGAAAGGAGAAGAUCAAGGAUGAGCAAGACCUGGUUCAUAUUCGCAGAGAAAUUGAGAUCAUGUCCUCACUCUGUCACCCGCACAUCAUCACCAUAUAUGAAGUAUUUGAAAACAAGGACAAAAUCGUGAUUGUGAUGGAGUACGCCAGCCGGGGGGACCUGUAUGACUACAUCUGUGACAAAAGGAACAUCUCUGAACGGGAGGCCAGGCACUUCUUCAGACAGAUUGUAUCAGCUGUGCACUACUGCCAUCAGAACGGAAUAGUACACCGGGACCUGAAACUGGAGAAUAUUUUACUAGAUGGCAAUGGCAAUGUUAAGAUCGCAGACUUUGGCCUGUCGAACCUUUACCACGGUGACGAGUAUCUUCAAACGUUUUGUGGCAGCCCUCUGUAUGCCUCCCCAGAGAUUGUAAAUGGACGGCCGUACCGAGGGCCCGAGGUGGACACGUGGUCCCUCGGGGUGCUGCUCUAUACUAUGGUUCACGGCACCAUGCCUUUUGACGGAAACAACCACAAAAUCCUGGUCCAGCAGAUUAGCACCGGAAACUACCGGAAACCCAACAACCCUUCUGAUGCAUGUGGGCUUAUUCGUUGGAUGCUGAUGGUAAAUCCUGAGCGCAGAGCUACAAUAGAGGAGAUUGCGGGACACUGGUGGCUUAACUGGGGCUACCAGCAGCCAUUACUGGCUGAGACAAAGAGCAGUCCAGUAGAGCAGACCUCCUCAUCAGCCUCUCCAUCAACAACUCACCCUGCAGGGCUGGCCAGUGUCGCUAGUUGGCUGCGCCGUACAUCAAGGCCUUUACUGGAGAACGGCUCCAAGAUGCGCUGCCUGCUCCGCUCGCAGGGUGGUGGCGGGGAAGUAGUGCGGCAGCGCUCUCUGCGAAGAUCGCGAAAGGAGAACAAUGUCUCCCAGACCGUUCAUGAAGGGAGCACGGACACUCGACCUUCCAAGGGUAUUCUAAAGAGACGCAACAGCGUGAAACAGAAGGUUAUGAGUGAAACCCCAGCUGUAAGUUCAGCGGAACCUCAGAAGGUCUUGGGUUUGUCAACACCAGCCAAUGCUGCCCCCUCAGCUGCAUUGCUGCCUCGCAAAGGUAUCUUAAAGAAGCCCACAGAGCAAGAGUCCGGGUACUACUCCUCCUCUCCUGAGAACAGUGACUCCGGCUGGGUUCCACCAACCAAAGAGUGCCCUUCAGCACCGACCUACAGGAAAGGCAUACUGAAGCGCAACGGGAAGUUCUCCUCAGGUGGGCUACAGGAGUUUGGCUCUCUGGACCAGCUGGCGGCUUCUUUGCCCCGCAGUGGCACCAGGUCGAGACCAAGCGGGGCCAUCAGCGAGGACAGCAUUCUGUCUUCAGAGUCCUUUGACCAACUGGAUCUACCAGACCGUGUAGGACCACCAACACAAAUGGAUAAACCAGUCAAGGCUAGCAUGAGAGGAUGCGUAUCUGCUGACAACCUGCUGGACAUCCAAGAAGACAGGAUCCUUAGAGAUGGGUUGCUGAGACCCUGGAACUGCUACGAGUCUGGAGUGGCUGACAGUGCCUUUUCUAUCACAGACUGUGAUAAUGUAACAGAGGCUUACAAACAGGCCAUGAUUAUACGGGGCUCUGCUGCAAGCUGAAGACCAGUGAUAAGUGAAGGACACUGAAUAUUGAACUGUUUUUCAUUGAGUAUCUUAAAACGAUUGCAAUUUUGACAUGAUAGCCAAAGUGCAUUAUGUGACACUACCAGCACAAAGUAGUGAUGAUUAUUUUGGCGAACUCCGGGAGCUGCACCAAAUUGUACCAAAAAGGGAGGAGACUUCUUGUUAAACAUCUGAUUGUACUUCAGAACGCGUUUGAUAAAUGAUACCUACUUCAAUUAGUUUAUUAAAUAGCUUGUAAUUUGAAUUUGAGUAAAACAGGCUAAUAAUCGCCAGAUGGCUUUGUAUUUUAGAAAAAUUAUAACGGUAUCUGCACUAGAAAAUGUCUAUUUCAAAGAUUCUCAGGAGAAGAGAGCUGCUGUUGGUCGAUCAGGAGCUCCAGUUUUCAACACGAGAACUUACUAUCAAAAGUGUAGCUGAUACAAAAACAUGAAACCAAAACACUGGUCUGCAAUGUCAAAAAUGAACAGUUUGUAGAACAUAUUGCUUCAGCGAUGAUAAACUGGGAAACGGACAUCUGCUUAUAUUAUAACUGCAAAAUAUUUUUUAAUCCAGUUAGUGUCAUUUAUUCUCACCAGAGCAGUUUGAGAAGUGUUUAUGACUUAAUCGCUGUUUUGGAUUCUAGCUUUGUGAAAGCUGAUCAUCUGUCAACAUUAUGUUUAUCUAAUUACAUCAGUAACAUAUAGGUUCAGUUUUAGCAUCGGUUCUCUUUUACCAUGUACUACAGCUUUUACUGCAUUUUAGGAUGUGGGGGAGGAAUUACAUUUCAUGGAUACCAAAGAGCAAUUUUGCUAAUGUUUCUGGAUCUUUUUUUGUUUAUCUUUAUUUAAGCACAAGCAAAACGUGCCAAGAGGACAUUUGUUUGUAACAGGGACUUCAGCUCUCAGAGCAUUUUUUUUAAAGUGUUGUUUUUCCUUGAAAUGACUUGCUCUAAGUUUGGAUAAUGACUUGAAAUAAUAAUCAUGACACACACUGACUCACAACAAAAGCAACUUGUAGAACCUGCUUUCGCUCCCAAGCCGACACUGGUACACAAACACAGGUGGCAGUUUCACAGGGAAGGUGGGGCACAUUAUGCCACUUCAUGGUUUUUGAAGGUCUCAAUUUAAGAAAUCAGUGAGUUUUGAAACUAAAUUGUGAGCUUCAGCUAACUAUGCUACGUAUAAUGUGGAACACACGUUACUGUGGGACCUUUCAACUUUCAACUGAAUAUUGGAAAUUGGUCAUGAGGCUCAGGUGUGAUACCUGGGCCGAUAAUUUCCCAAAGCAAGAUUAGGUUAGCCAUAUAAAAAAAUAAAGUAGAAUAAAGAUCUUGGUUACUCAACACUGGAAAACAAAACUUGCAAAAUAGAUUCAAGAAUUAAAUGUAUUAGAUUUAAUAACAUUUGCUUUGUAAAUAUCUUAUUUGCUUAUGUGCAAAUCUUGCUUUAUGAAUACCCCCAGUGGUGGAAGAAAAGCACAUCAGUAUGUUUUUGUGUCUGUAUGAAAUUUCAUGCUGCACACUGCGAUUACUGAAUUAGAUUGUCCUGCUGGCAUUGAAUCAGAACAUCAAGCCGGCGCCUGGAACAGCACUUUAUCAGACCAUCGAAACCUGAGAGCUGAUAAAUAAACUGUGCACUCAUCAUUUUAUUGAUUUCAUGUUACUUCAGUUGCACAAGUCAGUAACCAGAAUCUGCUGAAACCAUGCUGUUGUUCAGAAACUGGAAUGUAAAGAAUGUUUUUUUUCAUUUAAUUAUUAUGAUUUCAUUUAAUUGUGACUUUUUUUUUUUGGCACACUACUUUAUGAGGCUGAUCAGGAAUUUAAAGCCAGUAUUUGUGUGUAAAAGUAAACUAAGAAUUCUCUAAAUUUCAACUGGAAGUUCUUGUCAUUUCUGGAGUCUAAGGGAUCGUAUUAAGGAUUGAGCUGUACUCAGUCACUGGUGAUAAUUGAUCAUUUAUGUGUGACAAACUGGAAAAAUGCAGUCAGCCUAUGGGAAGACAGGUCUAAAAUGGUAUUUGUUUUAUUUUGGUGUAAUUUAAUGUGCAAUUUGGGCAUUUCAUCACAGUUUUUGUGUCUCUUGUCCCAGAAGAAGUUGCAGGUGUGCAGGCUCUAUGAAUAUUUUUAUUAUCUGACUGCAGCUAAAACUAUCUGUGCCAAAGUUUACUGGCUUAUCCAUUAAAUGACUUUGUGAUCUGCCACGCUGUUGUUAGCGGGAUGAGGAAAUCAAUAAAAACAAAACAAAGUACUCAA